AUGUCAGAACAUGACUCGCACAUUCUCAAGCUCAUUAAGGGCAACUACCAGUGGAGUGCCCUGAUGAAGGCGCAUCUGGUUGCUGCAGAUUUGUGGGAGGUUGUUGGGCCCGAGGAGGAGGAGCUAAUAGCGAGAGGACCAAAGGGAGUGGCAGUGAAGAAGAAGAAGCGUGAGCAGGCAUACUGGAAGAUCUUGAUGAACCUCAGUCCCUCGCAGAUGGCUUUCGUGUUGGGUUCAGAAAACCCCGAGAUGCAUAGGCUGUACUUGAGGAAACUCAUAGGUCAGCAUCUGUCAACACUAUUCUGUCAUUGCAUUGCUGUUUCUUUGGAGGAUGAGAAGGAUGAGGCUGUGAUGUUGGUGAGGGUUUGGGAUGACUUAGGGGAGGUUUUGCAUUUGUUUUAA